UUUGAACUUGGGAAAAUAUGCCAUAUUACUUCAAAUGUUCCACCUUAGAACCCUAAUAUUUUUUCUCCUAUUCUUUGCUUCUUGUGCUCUAUCUUUGCUUAGAGACUUAAGGCUCAUAAGAUAGAUAGUCUUUUACUAUUUAAACCCAAAAACAAUGAAAUCUUUCUUUCAAAUAUGUUUGAAAGUUGUUAACUUCACCAUUGGUAUUCUUGGUUUCUCCAUUGUUCUAUAUAGCUUAUGGAUGAUUAGAUUCUGGCAAAGGGAAGUCGAAUCCUCGUCGUCUCAUCUUCCUCUUCCAUGGUUUAUACAUGGGUUUCUUGGGAUGGGAAUAGCUUUGAUGGCGGUAACAUGUUUUGGACAUAUUGCUGCAAGUACCGCAAAUUCGCACUGUCUCAAUGGUUAUAUGAUUGUGAUAUUUAUUGUGCUCUUGGCCGAAACUGCACUAUUGGCGGACGUGAUUUUGAACUCUGACUGGGAAAAGGACUUACCUGAUGAUGAAUCAGGUGUUCUUGAAGAUUUCAAGGAUUUCAUAGAAUCGAAUAUCGAAACCUGCAAAUGGUUAGGCCUAUUGAUUUUGUUAGCAAAGGGUUGUUGUAUUCUAUUAGCGACGGUUCUACGAACUCUGCCAACAGAAAACAACAAGCACCAACACGAGGUUGUCGACGAUGAAUACUAUAAUGAACAAUAUAGUGCUCCAUUCAUGGGUCAUCCUGUCUAUUAUCCGAGCCCAUUUCCAUCAACUACCGAUAUGCUAUUUGUUCCUAAAACCGAGCCUUGGGAAUUCUACAAUAAUGUUUAAAUCUUCUUCCUUCACAUUAUUGUGUAAU